UUUACAAAGGGUAAAGUCUACAAAGCUUAGUCCACUCUGUUCAUAAGAUUUUAGUUUUGGCAACAGAAAAUCAGAUCAGCUUUGAAAAAGAUCUGAAGUGGAAAGAUCUGAUGUGAUAAAGACCAAUCAGUGAAACAAAAUAUCAGAAUUGGGCUGCCUGUGUAAACGCAGCCUAUGUGAGACCCACAUAGAUACAUGUAUAUUUACAAUGUAGCCUAUUUCUAUAGCUCAUAAAGUGGUAGAUAAGCCAGUGUUAUGAUACUGACACAGAGUCAAUGGGACAGACUGGGGAACCACUGAGAAAAGUGAAACCACAUCCUCAUCUCCUUUUCCUGCAACACCUCCCACUUGGAAAAGAAGUGUCCGCGUUGAUAAACGGUAGAAGGAAAAGGGGUUUCAGAGCAACGACAAAUACCAACAAUUAUUUGCAGAGUUGAGAUGGGAUCUGGUUUCAGCGGCUGCGUCCGGCAACAAAGUCCAAAUAGGUCCAAAGACGGUGAGGCAAUACCUUUCAACAACCCUUCAUCCACUGUUCAGAGCUCCAACACAGCGUUUGCUCUGGACCUUUACCGUACACUGAGUGAAAACCAUGCAGAUGGAAACAUAUUCUUCUCCCCUCUGAGCAUCAGUUCAGCUCUGGCCAUGGUCUACCUGGGGGCCAAAGGAGACACCGCCGAACAGAUAGCAAAGACCCUGUGUCUCGACACUGCCACUGACGUCCACUCUGAUUUUCAAAACCUCAGCUCAAACACCAACAAACCCUCAGCUUCAUACCAACUGAAACUGGUCAACUGCCUGUAUGGAGAAGAGACCUUCAACUUCUUCCCAGAGUUCAUUGAAGCCACACAGAAGUUCUACCAAUCAGAGCUGAAGGCUGUGGACUUCAUUGGGGCUGCAGAGGAGUCCAGAGCACGAAUCAACAGCUGGGUGGAAAAGAAAACAGACAAUAAAAUUAAAGCGAUGUUGAAACCUGAAGCUCUAAGCAGCAUGACCAGGUUGGUUCUUGUGAAUGCAAUCUACUUUAAAGCACAGUGGAUAAGUGAGUUCCAUGAAGCCGAUACCAUGGAACAUACCUUUAAAGUCAAUGAGAACGAGAAAAGACAGGUGCAGAUGAUGGUUCAAGUCAAGAAGUUACCAUACAACUACAUAUCCCAGUUCAAUCUCCAAAUCCUGGAGCUUCCGUAUAAAGGGGAGGAGCUGAGCAUGUUCUUCCUUCUGCCUGCAGAGUCCAAUGACCCUGAGCAGUUACUGAAUCUGGGGAGAGCGCUGACACCGAAGAGGAUCCACAAGUGGACCAGACGGCAGAACAUGGGCACGAGGACCAAAGUCCACAUUUCGAUCCCCAAGUUUAAACUGCAAGAGGACUACCAGUUGAACGCACCCCUGGCCUCGCUGGGCAUGGUGGAUGUGUUCGACCAGGACAGAGCAGACCUGUCUGGGAUGAGCGCAGCGAUGGAAGAUAGGCUCUACCUAUCCACUGUAGCCCACAAGGCCUUUGUGGACGUGAACGAGAGAGGCACCGAGGCAGGUGCAUCCACAGAGGCAAAGGGCGUAUUGUACGGUAUCAGUAAUCCACAUUACUUCACGGCAGACCACCCCUUUAUUUUCUUCAUUAGACACAACCAGACCCAAGCCAUUCUGUUUCUGGGCAGGUUCUCCUCACCCGAGGAGAGUGACAGGGAGGGCAGAUCUUUGUUUUGAAAAACGUGAUGUAAUGCAAGAGAGCCCUUAACAGUUUAGUGCCAACAUCAGUACAACUUUUAAAUCAACAUUGAUUAUUGUUGAUCUUGUGUACUGAGUCUGUAUUUGACCUUUACUGCGUGAAUAGUGCUGUUAUGUAUUGUCAUGUAAUGUAACUUGCUUAUAGUUUGUGACAUUUAUUGUAUUGGAAAUCAUCAAUGACAUAAUAAAGUGAAAAUAAAUGUAAUACUUUUUUCUUUCUCUAUGUAGGUUGUCUACAUGUCAAAAUAUUAGGAACUAAAAUGUAGUAGUCAGUAUUGGCACGACAGUCAAAUAUUCCCUUGUGUAACCUCAUUGUACAAGCAUUUUACAUAAUACCAUUUCCAAAACUAGCCAAUCACAGAGACCUUCAUUGUGCAGAUAUUGAGUAACAAAUGUGCGAUUAUCCCAGUCUGAAUUCCUGCCCCAGUAAGAGUCAGUCUGAACAGGCUGAAACAUCUGGGUCACACCAAACUACAAAUGUAAGUACCAUUUUAGGAAACAUUUUCACCAUCGGUUUGGCCUGGAAAGGCAAGGAAUUUGUUUACAUUUGUGAAAGCCAGAAGCUGUUGAACUUUGCUCUAUAUCACUGCAGUCCUCCAUGGAUUUAUGUUCUCACAGAAUAUGACUUGUUUAUUCAAAAUAAAAGUUUACGGUUUUGUCUGCUGACCGCAUGUGA